AUGACGAAUUGUAGCAUGAUUCGCCUACCUGGACUGAUACGAAUAAGGGUAGCUGAUUCGUCAACAGACAAGAACACGGAAAGAAGGGAUGCGAGGCCUUUCUUUAUUAUGCAAGAUUACGGCUGUGUUGAAAGUGAAAAGCCGUUGGUCGCUUCUAAGAUCGGUAGGGGAGCGUUCCGUGGGAGCAUGGGGGGACAAUAUUCCACUUUUACAGGAGAGGCCGACUCAGACCCUGUCUGCCAAAGGAAGAAAAUCUCUCCCCCUUUUUAUUUUAAUAGGCUUUUCACUCUUUACAGUGAUAGGAUAAUCUCGCUAUGCAUCGGCCCUCUGGGAAAGAAGAAAAAGAAUCUAUUGCUUCCCAUGUACACGAAAGGCUGA